CUACAGCCGUUUACAUUUUCAGUCGGCGCACGGACGGAGAACAAUAGGGCCUUGACGUUGGCCGGAUGGUUAAAUCCAACCUCCAGACGAUACUGAAUAGCCACUGUUUUGUCAGAGAAAAAGAGAGUAAUAUAUCCAAGAUGCCAGUGAUCGAAAUGACCCGUAAUAAACCCGAGAGUGAAAGUUCCCUUCGCUGCAGUACCCCGUGUCCGGGGCCUCUGUGGUGUUCCGAUGUCCCUCACCCACCCCUGAAGAUCCCAGGUGGGCGAGGGAAUGAUCAGCGGGAUCACAGUCUUUCAGCUAAGCUAUUCUAUUCUGAUGCUCGGUUACUGGUUCUUGAGGAAGCCCCUCAGUUGAACAGCCGUGUACGUUUUUUGCUCUUUGAGCGGCGCUGCUCUGUGAGCAAGCACUUAGUCUGGAGGGGGGCACUGAAGGGGGCAAACCUUUACAUCGAAAUCCCCACUGGUGUCCUCCCAGAAGGGAGCAAAGAUAGUUUUUCACUCUUGCUGGAGUUUGCAGAGGAGAAGUUACAGGUUGAUCACGUUUUCAUCUGCUUCCAUAAGAGCCGAGAUGACAGAGCAUCGCUGCUGCGGACGUUCAGUUUCAUGGGCUUUGAGAUUGUGAGACCGGGUCAUCCCCUUGUCCCAACCCGCCCCGACGCUUUCUUCAUGGCUUACAGCAUCGAAAGAGACUCCGAUAGUGACGAAUAAAGCUUAUCAAUCA